GCGUUUGUUCGUAAUUUGUUAUGCUUUGAGUUCAGCUUGGUGAUUGUUUUGCGGUAAUUGUGGUCUAGCGAGGGAUAUUUCUUGAUCUAGGUGAUUAAGGAAAGUCAUUACCUCAAGCUGUGCCAGAAUGAUAUGUAAAUGUGGACUGGAAAGUCAAGCUGUCUGUUGCUGAAGCCGUUCGUAUUCACCCCGGCCGGCUGAGCAAGGCUGUUGACCUUUGACGAGCUAGUUUGUGCUGUAAAGUUUUCGAGGAGUACAUCACAAAAGACAAUACAGCUGCCUCUACAAUUGAGUCUUCAUUGAAGGUGUCAAAAUGGAAGUGAAGAGUGAUGGCAGUGAUGAAGAAAUGAAGGAUGAUAUUGAUUCUGUGCGUGGUCUGUUAGACAGGUUCAAGGAGGACAAGGAGAGGGAACUCCUUAAAGAGACCUCCUCAAGUUCAACUUAUGAGGAUGGAUACAGCUCAGCUGGUGAAAAUUUGGUUAGUGAACUUGUAAAGAAAUCAACAAAAUCAACCCUUGUGAUGAAUUUGAAACCUGUUUCCAAAACAAGGGAAACAUCAACAAAGAUGGGUUUGGGAGAUGCAGCAGCAGGGGAUGAUGAAGGAGAAUCUUCUGGUAAAGGAGUUUCACAGAAAAGAAAACAGGAUUCAUUCUUAGUUGAAGUUCAAGAGAGAGCUGAGGUGAUAAGUAAAAGUGCUCGAAAAGCUCCAGAAACAUUAGUAUCAUCAAUUGGACAAAAUGUUGAGGGUGAUCCAGAUACGGAAGAGUUUCUCAGAAAGAUCCGAGCUGCACCAUCCUCAUCAAAUGAAUUUCGUAUGGAGAACAACGAGACUAGACCGUUCAGAAGUAAAUCGGCCUCAGAGGUUGACUUAUCCGUGGUUGUGCCGAUUGCUUCAACUUUAAACUUGGAAAUUCAAAAGUCUAAAAUCCCUCUGGUGAGGUCAGGCUCGUUAAAGGAUCGUAGAAAACCCUCAGCUGCUUCCAGGCGGAAAAGUUUCAGGUCAAGUUUUAAUGAAGAUUUUGAUGAUUCAUUUGUUAUCAGCGAAGGAGAGGAGUCGAUGAACGAAGACCGCAGUGUCACACCUGGUGGUGGCUUCAUCAUAAAGAACCCGCCUCAGUGGGACGUAGGGGAGGCGGUGAGACCACGAACCAAGCCAAAGCCGAAGGUGAAGAGCAAAACUGUGUCUGGAAUAGCUCUACCAGGGCUGGCUGAUGCAUUAAUCAAGAAACAAAUUGCAGCUGAAAAUAAGCAGCGUUCCCAGGGUAGCGCAGCCGAAAUUGUCCGUGCGGCUGCCGAAAAUAAGAAGAACAUGGCAGCCAAGGAAGAAAAAUUAGAGAAAGAACCUGAAAAACCUGCUUGGUUCGUGGAGGCGGAGGCACGGAGGAAACUCCAUGAACAGCGACGGCAUCCCAAAAGUAAAGAACAAGGAGAGAGUGAAACUAGUCUGGGGCCAGAGAAACCGGUGAAUAAUGGUCCUGUGCUCAAGUCUUUACCUCAGAAACCUGAAGUUGGAAAAAAAAACUCUGUCGGUGGUGGGGUGAUGAGCGUUUUUCGCAAUAUUGUGCUUCGUCCUGUUCGGAAACCUGACGCAGUUCCAACCAAAUCCGAGGACGACAGCGAUGCUACGAAGUCGUUUAAUGUUUGUCUUCGUCCCGUGUCUAAAGCAGGUCCUUUAGAUAACCAAGCAGAUGAAAUAAAGGGAAGUUUUCAACCAGUGCGUUUGAAACCUAUUGCUCCCCGUCUCGCAAGACCCUUGAGUUCCUCAGUCACGAAUACCGAAGCAACACCAUUGCGCACACGAACGCCUCUCGAAAAAACAUCUAGUUCACAGUCGGUUCAACUAGAAAAAAGUGCACGUGAGUAUCACACCAUCCCUCCUCUUGCCCCGAUAACUUUAGAGCGUUCGGAACCGAGGGUUUCCGAAAGUUUUUCGUCACCUACGAAUGGUGAACGAGUCACGAUUUCCUCGAACUACUUGAGUGGCCCUCAUAAACUUCCCCCAAGUACAACGCCUAAACCUUCCAACAGAUCUAAGACAGUGACAGUCACCGCUUCUGAAGUGCCGCAGCUUUCAUCAGUUAAGCGAAGAAGCGUAGAGUUAAUACAAGCCAGAGUGGAAAAGAAAUCUUCGGGACCUUCAAGUUCAGCCGUGCCAUACGGGGACCUGAGCGGAUCCCGAAGAGGAAGUGAUGCGCGAGAUAGAGCAGAGACAUAUGACUCGGCUUUCAGGCCAACUUAUACUGGGGACGUGCUGCCGCAGUGGAAGAUCGAACUCAUUGAGAAGAAAAAGAACUCAACGACUUCACGCGAAGGGUCAAACAAAGAUCGUCCUCAUCAGACGCAGAUCACGAACGCAGUUGUUGUUCCACCUUGGAAGAAGGAACUGGCUGAAAAACGAAAGCAACGCUCUCCGGUCACUGGUAACCAGGCCUCCGGCAAAGAGAAUGAACCGAGUACGUUUUCGGAACUACCGCUAUGGCAAAGGGAAAUCGCCGAGAGAAGAAAGCGCCGAGAAUUUUUGCCAGGUCAAGAGCUCCCUGAGAAAACAGACAACUCUACAGAAAGACCUGAAUGGCAACGGAGACUGAAAAACACACGACGAAACCAACCGAUCGUGGCCCCAAAAGGACCAUCGGAAGAUUCGGCAGAGUCGGUACCGAGUUUUAUGAAGGAGUUUGAGAAGAAAAAAAGAGCGUGUCCUCGUGGAGGCAGUAGAAACUCAAGUUACGUUUGACGUCGGAAAAAAAACAUAGCAAAGUGCAUAUCUCUUCUCCCUUCUUGCAUUUGAUAAAUAUGAUUUCUAAUGUGUUCAACAGAUUUCUAUGAUUUUUACAAAAACAUAUUAAAAAAACACAUUCAAACA